AAAGAGGGAAAAUUUCAAAUCCAAACCCUUUUCAAUUCAAUUUCCCCAAAUCUUUGAAUUUUCAAAUCCACUCACAAACGAUAUAUAAUAUUAUUAUAAAAAUAAUAUAUUCUCCAUCAUCUUCAUCAUUACAUUACAUUACACAUAAACCUACUGAUAUCAUAUCACUCCCUGAAUUUACUCAACCUCCCUCACUCUCUCUCUCUCUCUAAAAUGGCGCACGAUAGCGAUCUUCCUUGCGACGGCGACGGCCGCUGCAUGAUCUGCAAAAUCAAUCCACCGGAAGAAGAGAAGAUCACGUGCAAAACAUGCGUCACUCCAUGGCACCUCGAUUGUCUCUCCGCUCGUCCCCAAACCCUAGCGGAUGCUGCACAAUGGGAGUGUCCGGACUGUUCGAGUCUCGUCUCGUCUCACGCGCCGCCAUCCGCCGUCGCAUCGGGAUCUGAACCGUCUGAUUCGCUUAUUGCGGCUAUUCGCGCAAUUGAAUCUGAUGCUUCGUUGUCUGAUUUGGAGAAGGCGAAGAGGCGUCAGAAACUGUUGAGUGGUGGAUCUGACGACGGUGAUGAACCGGCGGAGGAGAAAAAGGAGGUCGCCGGUGGUAGUGGCAGUGGUAGUGGUAGUGGUGGUGGCAAUGAUGUUUUGAAGCUUCUCAGUGGUAGCUUUAACUGCUCGUUUUGUAUGCAACUUCCUGAAAGGCCUGUUACGACACCAUGUGGUCACAACUUUUGCCUGAAGUGCUUUGAGAAAUGGGUUGGUCAAGGGAAACGCACUUGUGCCAUAUGUCGAACUUCGAUUCCUUCUAAAAUGGCGAGCAACCCUAGAAUCAAUUCAUCACUUGUAAUCGCAAUCAGAAUGGCAAAAAUGACCAAGUCAAACGCUGCUUCUGGGCCACCUAAACCCUACUAUUCUGUUCUAAACCAAAACAAACCUGACAAAGCAUAUACCACUGAGCGGGCCAAGAAAACUGGGAAGGCUAAUGCAUGCAGUGGGAAGAUAUUUGUGACGGUCCCACCAGAUCAUUUUGGACCCAUUCUUGCAGAGAAUGAUCCUGAGAGAGGAAUGGGAGUUUUGGUGGGUGAAACAUGGGAGGACCGUUUGGAAUGUAGACAGUGGGGGGCCCAUCUUCCUCAUGUUGCGGGGAUAUGUGGGCAGUCUGAUUAUGGUGCACAGUCUGUGGCGUUAUCUGGAGGGUAUGAAGAUGAUGAGGAUCAUGGAGAGUGGUUUCUCUACACCGGAAGUGGGGGAAGGGACUUGAGUGGAAAUAAAAGAACCAACAAGACACAAUCCUUUGAUCAGAAGUUUGAUAAGUCUAAUGAAGCUUUAAGAGUUAGUUGCAAAAAGGGAUACCCAGUACGUGUCGUCAGGUCUCACAAAGAAAAACGUUCUGCCUAUGCACCUGAAACUGGCGUCCGUUAUGAUGGGGUAUACAGAAUUGAGAAAUGCUGGCGGAAACCCGGAAUUCAAGGCUUUAAGGUAUGCCGGUAUCUUUUUGUUCGCUGUGAUAAUGAUCCUGCACCAUGGACAAGUGAUGAAAUUGGGGAUCGUCCAAGACCAUUGCCGAAUAUUAAAGAGCUGAAGGAAGCAACCGAUGUAACCGAGAGGAAGAGUCCUCCAUCCUGGGAUUAUGAUGAGGAGAAAGGUUGUUGGUUGUGGAAGAUUCCUCCACCCGACAGUAGAAAACGAGCAAGCACCGUCGAUGCUGGGGAUGGCACACAAACGAAGACAGUUAGACGUAAGACACAUAUAAUGUCUGUGAGUGAAAGACUUCUUAAAGAGUUUUGCUGUCUCAUUUGCCACAAAGUGAUGACUCAGCCGCUUACUACUCCAUGUGCUCACAAUUUCUGCAAGUCAUGCUUGCAGGAUGCUUUUGCUGGUCAAACAUUUAUAAAGGAAAGAAAUUGUGAAGGUAGACGAACAUUAAGGGCUCAAAAGAACGUCAUGAAAUGUCCGUCAUGCUCUAAUGACAUUUCUGAGUACCUUCAGAAUCCACAGGUGAAUAGAGAGUUGAUGAGUGUGAUAGAAUCACUACAGAGGCAGACGAAAGAAAUGGAGGAAAAUGCAGUUACAGAGGAAGAAAUGCUGGAUGCAGAUGUCGCAGAGGAAGACAAAGUGGAGGUUCAAGCUGUGAAUUCCGAGGCUAAUGAAGACAUUAAGGAAAGUGAUGAAGAAGAAAAGGCCGAUGCAAAACCUUCGCUUGAAGUGAACGAGGAAACGAAAGCUGAGGCUAAUGAAGAUGUCAAGGAAAGUGAAGCCGUUGCAAAACCUUCGCCUAAAGCUAGCAAGAAAAGGAAAGCUAAGGGUGUUACUGAUAAUGCCCCUAAUAAGAAGGUACAUCAAGAGACUGAUAAUAUGAUUGGUGAUGAUGUCAACAAGGAUGAAACUGUAAAACCAGGACCGACGGAAAGUGAGGAUUUGAAGGUUGGUGAAGUGGGAGCGGGUGCGGGUGCGAAGACCAGAAGCAGGAAAGGUUAGCUUGAGGUUGGUGGUGAUGAUGACUUUGCAUGACUCUUAGGGUGCACAAUGGACAUCUGUUUUUUUCUUAUGGUUUGCAGAUUGAUGAUGGCAAUUUUGGAAACUAAUGCCAUAUUUUAGUAUGGUGGUGAUCUUAUGAUGUGUUUUAGCCGUUUAGGUCAUACAUUGAUAUUCUGCUAAGAGUCAUGACUUUAUGGCAGUUAAUAUUAUCGACUUUUCGAUGCCAUGUUUUUCUUGA